GGGGAGGCGCUCAGCUUUCGCCCGGAGGUAGAGCACCUGCGGGCGGUGUGUGCCUCCACUAGGAUGCUCUACAGCCACCUUUCCCGUUUGUCCCCAAGCUGUAGGAGCUGACGAUGUACUUUUCAACCUGUGAAGGUGGGGACUGCAGGCACAGCAGCGCUCAUUGAACGGAUUUUGCCUGCUGUCCCCUUGGACAUUCUGCCUUUUCUUUUUUUCAGACGUGUUUUUUCUCCAACGCAGGCAACUUUUACACAAGGUGUAUGGGCUGUCCGCCGUCCUUGCGCUCCUCAUCCCGACGUGUCUGCUGUAUGUACUCUAGUAAUGAGUAAGUGGGAGGGUCAGUCGCCGCGACUAAUAAGGACAGCGAUCCAGCAGCGGAUCCCAUUCUGACUUUUAUUCCCAGUGCGCGUGGAGACGCUCCCGUCAGUAUGCGCGCUUCACGCCUCUAGGCUCUUUGCGCCUUGCGGGAAACUUUCUCUUUGCAUGCUUGCAGGGAGGUGCGCCAUGGGUGUCCGCCUCUGCUGGGCUCUGCUCCUCUGGCUUGCCCCCCUGGGGGCCGGGAUGGCCUUCAGCGAAAGCUCUGCUGCUGAUUCCUGUCCUGUGCUGCAAGUCGAGCAUCGGCGAUUUGUGGAGCAGCCACGCCCUUUACACAAGUUCACGGGGUUCGACCUGACAGAGAGAUUCCUUCUCCGUAAAGGGACAGUCAUCGAAGAGCAGGCGACUUUCAGGCUAGGCGGCACGCCGCUCAUCAAGCAGACUGAACAGGUCUUUCCCAACGGGCUUCCCAGUGAAUUUUCCUUGGCUGCAACAUUCCGGCUCAGGAAAACCACCAAAAAGGACCGCUGGUACCUUUGGCAGAUGUCUGAUGCAUCCGGAGCCCCACAGAUGUCCCUGAUCGUCGACGGUGCCAAGAAGGUGUUGGAGUUCUCUGCCCGCAGUCCCCUGAAGAGCGACCUGCAGUACACCUUCCGCAGCCGUGACCUGCAGGUGCUGUUUGACCGUCAGUGGCAUAGGCUCAGUGUGUCUGUCCAGGUCAGCAUCCUGUCCAUCUACGUGGACUGCAAGCUGAUCGAGCGGCGCCUCACCGAUGUCAAGGAUGGCGUGGACAUCAGCGGAAGGACGCUGAUCGCCACGCGGGUCGAGAGCAGCCGGCCCGUGGAUAUCGAGCUGCAGCAGAUCUUAAUCUACUGUGACCCAAAGAGCGUCGAGAUGGAGAGCUGCUGCGAGAUCCCGGGGUCCACGUGUGCGACGGUCCCCCCGCCAGCCACCAGCCUCACCCCCAGCCUCAUCCCCAGCCUCAUCCCCAGCCUCUUCUCCCAGCCAAUCCAGCGGUCCAGUGACAGAUGCCAGUGUUCAUCGGCAAAGGCACAGCAGGGUUUGCCGGGUCCAGUGGGGCUUCCAGGGCAUAAGGGGGACACAGGAGUCAAGGGCGAAAGAGGCGACGAUGGCGCCCCCGCUGGCCCCGGCCUGAAGGGUGACCCAGGAACUGCGGGCGUCCCAGGAUUGGAUGGAGCUCCAGGUCCAAAGGGGGAGCCCGGAGAGUGGGGGCUGAAUGGUACAGAUGGCGAUAAGGGUGAAAAGGGAGCAGCGGGGGAGCGAGGUCCCGUCGGAACGCCGGGGAGAGACGGUCUGAAAGGCGAUCCAGGUGCCCAGGGUCCCACCGGUCCCAAAGGUGAAAAGGGAGACGCUGGCCCCCCCGGUCCAUCAGGCAACCCGGGCCUUACCGGUGCCAGCGUCCUACAGGGACCCACAGGGUUACCCGGGCAGCCAGGAACUCCGGGCACGGAGGGCAAGAGGGGUCGCCGUGGGAAACCGGGGGAGCCAGGGCCUCGGGGGCCACCUGGUCUCCCAGGACCUUCCAAAGGAGCGGAGAUUAAGGGAGAGAAUGGAGACCCUGGUUCUCCAGGAAAGGAUGGAGAGAAAGGACAAAGAGGGGACCCUGGUUCUCCUGGAAAAGAAGGACCCAGUGGGAUAAAAGGAGCGAAGGGUGAAGUUGGACCCCAAGGACCCCCCGGCCUGGUGAUGACUGCACAUGGCCUGAGACACCUCCCUCUGCCCGGCGAAACUGGAGACCAGGGACAGAAAGGAGAGAAAGGGGAUCAGGGUGCAGCAGGCAUUCAAGGAUUACAGGGCCCAAAGGGGCUGAAAGGUGACAUGGGGCUGCCAGGUCCUGUGGGGGUCCCAGGUCCUGUGGGGGUCCCAGGCUUUGAGGGCAAAGAUGGCCCUCCUGGACCCCCAGGGAUUCCCGGUGAUCCGGGCGUGUCAGGAGAUCCUGGAGCACCAGGACGGGAUGGACUCAAGGGAGAGAAGGGCGAGUCUGGGGGCAUGUCCGGCCCUCCAGGUCCUCCUGGCCCCAAAGGAGAGCCCGGAGCUCCAGGAUUAGGGAUACCAGGUGAUCUAGCGGAGGGAUCACUGGGUCCCCGAGGAUCCCGAGGCCCAAAGGUAGGGGGCACCCCAGAGCAGAGCCAGGGGGAACGAGGGAUCCCCGGAGUGCAGGGGGACCCCGGAGAAAAGGGCGAGCCUGGGGAAGGGCUGCCCGGACUAUCGGGGCCAAUGGGACCGGAGGGCCAGCCAGGAAUCCAGGGCUCUCGAGGGGCCCCCGGCUCACCAGGCCCUUCUGGACCCCCAGGCCGUGAGGGCCCCCCUGGCAGAGACGGCCGGCCCGGUCCCCCGGGUGAACCGACGGCGCUGCCCAUCGUUCGGGACAUGAGUGCCAUGCUUAAGAACGCCUGUAGUCUGUGCCAGGAGAGAGUCGCCGGCCUGCCGGGCCAGAAGGGGGAGAAGGGCUCCCUGGGGCAGCCUGGACUAGAGGGUAUGGAGGGCCCCAAGGGAGAUCCAGGUGUGCGUGGCCCCAUGGGAAACCCAGGAAAAGAGGGUCCAAAGGGUGUGAAAGGAGAGAGAGGAUUCCCGGGUCCUGCUGGCGAAAAGGGAGAUGAGGGUACCUCCGGAGUGCCUGGAUUCCCCGGUCCCACUGGUCGCCCAGGAAGUCCGGGCAUCAUGGGGAGGCCUGGACCAAUGGGACAGCCUGGACCUAAGGGAGAAAGGGGCAGCGAAGGCCCCCAGGGCAAAGCCGGCCUCCCAGGACCCCCCGGUGUUCCCUACGUCGAGGGCAACGGGAUGAGUAGCCUGUACAAGCUGCAGGCUGUAGGAGGCGCCGUGGGAAACCCUGGGCCACCUGGACCCCCGGGCCCCAAGGGGGAUGAAGGCAGAGCCGGGGAACCGGGGCCCAUGGGUUUGCCAGGACUGGAAGGGCUGCCUGGUGCCAAGGGAGACCCAGGCAUCCCCGGAGCUCCAGGUGCCUCAGGUUCGCCGGGAAAGCCGGGUGCCCCUGGAAUGUCAGGAAUCCCAGGAGAACCGGGGGAACGAGGCCCGGUGGGAGAGACUGGAUUUCCCGGUCCCGAGGGACCGCCCGGCGUUCCCGGAAGACCUGGAAAAGACGGGAUUCCUGGAUACGAGGGAGCGACUGGGAGACCCGGCGAUCGAGGCUCAAAGGGAGAGCGAGGCGAGCCCGGCAUUCCUGGCGAGAGAGGAGUUCAAGGAGAGAGAGGAAAGGCUGGGGAGAAAGGCAACCCGGGCCCCCCGGGCCCCAGAGGAGAUCCUGGCCCCCCAGGGACUUUGGGUUCCUCAGGUCCCCCGACACUGCUGAUUGAUGACGACACUGUGGAGGAAAUCAAAAAAUUAAUACAGAAAGAAGUAUUAAGAGUCAUUGAAGAGCUGUGGUCCAGUCAGGCCCCUCAGACAAAGACCCCAGCUGCCAUCCUCGCAGCACAGGUCCGUCACUCGACCCCAGGGCCCCCGGGGCCCCCAGGCCCCCCCGGCAAUGAUGGCUUCCCGGGGCCUCCAGGACAGCCUGGCUCCCCAGGAUACCGAGGACAGAAAGGGGAGAGAGGGCAGCUGGGUCUGGGCAUUCCCGGAGUCCCAGGGCCACCCGGGGUGGGCUUACGGGGGCCACCCGGCCCUCAGGGGCCCCAUGGGAAGUGUGACCCCAAGGACUGCGUCUACACCUCCUCUCAUGCACGGCGUAAUGGGUAGGCCUGGCAAGGUUUUUCACAGGUCCGCCAUUUACUCAACAGCCAAGGCCCACUGACGUGCUGAGGAGCCGCCUGUUUCCCCUGCCGGCUCUGCUUGGGCUCCUGGAAGCCCCUAAACAUUGUUCAUUACAUCCUCAGAGGAACCUGAGAAGAAGAACUGUCUCACUGAGCCAGCUUUCAUCUCUCAGCUCCCAUAUGAGGAUCACACUCUCAGAACCACUUCAGAGUAACUAGUGAUGUCAUUUUUAAAUGCAAAUAUUAGCUUAGAGGCUUUUGUGAGAACCAGAACAUUCCAUGUGUGAGUUUGAGUUUUAAUUGCUUUAAAGAUGUAUAUCUAAAACAAACAGACUGAAGGUGUCUAUAAGCUGAUCUGGGGGCUGCAAUUCUCAGAGGUUCAUGACAUUUUAAAAUUGCAGCAAAAAGCCAACAAAAAAUGAUAUUGCUAACGAACAUUAUCCAUUUAAAUAACACUGUAACGCUUAUAUAUGAGCUUUAUUAAUGUAGCAUUUGUGUUAUUUGGUGUCGGACAGAACGAAAAACUUUCUUUGUGCAAAUGAUUGUUUCGCUGUUUGUGUACAAACACAUGCUUCUUACGGCUAAUUAUACUGUUGCCAGUUGGAGGUGCUGCAUGAGGGCAGAAUGUUAAUUUAUGUAUCACAGUUUUAGCUGGUCAUGUUGAGAGCUUAUGAAGUGUCUGAGCCGGCCCCCGGCCCCCGUCCCCCGUCCCACUGGGGACAGGGCAGAUGUUCAAUAUGCAGAUUGCAGGUGGAGACCAAUGACUGUUUGCGAUGUCCUCAGACUCUCGAGUGCAGCUGAAGGAGAUCCAUCCACAUGCUAUUGUUUAGUCAUAUGCAAACACCUCAGUAACCGGCAAGGCAAAAUUUUUCCUAAGUUCGUCCUGAUUUUAUUUCAUAGUAAUUGUCCAACCUGAUGUGAAGAGAUUAGACAUUUCAACUCUCUCUUCCAUUGCAGGAAAAUCAUUCUUUUAUAGUCUAGGUCUGAUUGAUUCUCCAUGGACUGUAUAUAUAUAUAUAUAUAUAUAUAUAUAUAUAUAUAUACAGAUUCGCUAUCUCCAGUUGGUGCUGUUUGUAUAUUUUGAGUUUUCUUUCUCUUUUCUGGGGGGGUAAACGGUGUUGUCAACACAUCACUUUUUUUUUUAACCUUUUUCACAGGAUGUACUUGAAUCUUGUUUUUUGACACAUUUCAAAGGUGCCAUUUUUGAUUUGUGUUUACAGCUUGGAGUAUUACUGUAUCUUCUCAUUCUGUGCCUCAGACAGAGGACCCUUUCAUUUAUUUUAUUUUAUUUUAUUUUUGCAUUUCCUCACCUGCCAUAUUUCUGUGCCGUUCCUCUCUUAGGAAUGCAUUUAUUUAUGAGCUCAGUUGUUUCCUUGAGUUCAUUCAACUAUAAAUUUUACCUAUCAGUGUUUUUUUUGCUAUGAAUUUUAUACUUUGUAUCAACUUCAGUUUUUCAUAUAUAUAUUCGUUAAGUGCUGUCAACUAGCGUGUUCACCAGCUCCAUUUGUUUAUACUUGUAUAAGUUCUGCUGUCACAGCAUGAAGGCCCCAUCGGGCACAACCAUGGACAGUUAUGUGUGUCUCCCCAGGCCUGUGAGUCCUGAGGAUUGUGUCGUGGGUGCAUGGAGUCACAGCAAUGCCAGAUAGGGCCUGGGGAGCUCAGCCUGCUUCCUUUGAGUUUUCUUUUAAUUUCUUUUUAAUUUACAGGGUAAAGACUUACAUAUUGAAGUUAAUAAAUGUAGAAGGGCAUUCUGGGAUAUGUAGUUUUAGAGUAUAGUUUGCCUUUACAGUAAUUACAAAAAAACUAAUUUCCCUUUUAAGUGAAAUUUCAAUCGCCUUGUAAAAUUUUAUGGCUCGUGCACAAAUUUAAACACUCAAUACAGCAUUUUUUAAUGGUGUUCAUGGGUGAAAGGAGCCCUCUGGUGGUGAUUUAUGAACACUAACCAUGGUUAGGCGGUGCUGGUUAGCUCUUUCGAUGAAAAUGAGCAUUAAUGAAACAGGAAUUCAGGAGCUCUUGGGUUAAUAAUAAGAUUAUUGUUAUUCUUUAUUUCCUAAUAUAUUGAGUUUUUCUGCUGUGUACAGGAUGCCUGCCAUAGAUUUGUGAGUGCUAAUUUAGACUUUGCGUGUUACUUACAGGCACAGUGAUGUGGGAGAAACAGCCCCUGCACAUUUACACACAGCAGACACAACACUCGGGCACUUGUUGAGACCAGCACUGGGGUCCUUGAGGCGAGGACCCUGCGCUCACUGAUGACACUGAACAGGGCUUGAGGCUUCAUGGUCAGAUAUGAUAUUUUUCGAGCUUUGCCACAUUUUGGACAUUAAUUUUUAUUUAUUUAGAAGCCUUGAAUUUGUCAUUUAAACCAAAAAAAUAGUGACAGAAUUGUCUUUUAAAGGCUGUCAGUGGUUCAGUGGCUGACGUCGUGUGAUGAUGACUUUGUUGGAGUUACAUUAUACGGGUAACCUGACUCAUUGCUUCCUCUAAUGUUUUAAGGCAAAAUAAAGCUUUUAUUUUCCUUUUUAAAGUUCUUUUACAGUUAAGGGACUGCAGUGAUCUCGCAGUCUGUUUUAGGAACGUAUGUGUGGAAAAUGAAUCAAGUUUGAGUGGCUUGUUAAAUGACUGUGCUUUUGUCAGUCAUCUGUUAGUCAUGUCCUGGCCUCCCCAGGUGUGGCUUGUUCCAGUCUCAGACUGCUGAAGUCCUGUAUGAUGUAGGGUCACGUCUCACUGAGUUACUCUGCUUUGCUACGUAGAGUGUCAGGUGAGAUGGCGUUUAGUCCUCACAAUGACUGCCACCCUCGGGACUCGCCCCCCACCCUCGGGACUUGCCCCCCACCCUCGGGACUUGCCCCCCACCCUCGGGACUCGCACCCACCCUUGGGACUCGCACCUGUCUUGUGUCUCUGCCCCAUCUCUGUGCUUUUGAUCUUUUAAAGGUAAAAAGGUUGCUGUUCAUUUACAGGCCUCAGCUCUGAGGACAGUACAGAUGUUCAUAGAACAAUGGGGUCUGAGCUUCAUGACAACAGCAAAGACUGUCGGGCUUCGAGUUCCUGCUCAUUCUAUCUUUCAUUUCUCGCGUGUUUGGGUGACGAGUUGGACGUCACAGCUGACUUCCUGUCUAGUUAUGAAAAUUGUGUUUAACCCUUUAGAAUGUUAUUGACGAUGUUCAGAGCCCAGGGGGACUGCUAAGCACCUUCAAUGAAUCUUUUAAGCUGGUUUAUCCUCAGUUCACAGCCUCAGCACCAAAUCAGGCCAAUCCCCAGUGCUGCAGCUGGGAGUCUGGGAGAAGCAGGGGGGUGUGGCCUUUUCAGACGCCCUAAUUAGCAUGUGGAAUGGCAGGGCAGGGUGGGCUGUAGAGAACACCUGCAGUGUUCAGGGUGCAUGUUUAUAAAUAAGGUACCUUCAGUAUUUUAAGAUCGGUGUCAUGAAAUGGCAGUUUUAAUUUCUAAUGCACAUUUUCAUCCUUCUGUUAAUCCCUGCUGAAUUUCUACUAGAAAACUCUUGGCAAGAUGUAACUGUUGCUCUCCAUUAUUUAUUGUUAUAAUAUUAUUUUAUUUAUGUAACAGUUGCUCUCUGUUUCCUGUGAUUGCCAUUAGUAGAAUCACCUGCGAUUAUUUUGCUCUGAGACCUUGAUAUUGUAAUCUUGAUCUACCUCAGCUGAGCACUUGGCUGUUUCCAGGCAUUAAAUACUUCUGCUGUGUGUGCUGAUGUAGUUCCAGUCUCCAUGCCCUUGUGGGGUCCUCACUGACUGUGUGUGGUGCCUUUCGCGUUUGCCUGAUGGCAACUUCCACAACUCAUACUAAGUCCAAAUACCACUUCAUUUCAUCCUCAUUUUACUGUCUCUCAUCUUGAAGUGCCCGUGUGUACUUUUUAUACAAUGACUGGUUUGUGUUUAGAUGUAUCCAAUUAAACAUAUACUCAGAAACUGCGGAACUGGAUUGGCCUGUAUUUUUAUUUCACAUUUUGGAGGGAAAGAAACUCCCGCCUGUUAGCACAUCUGAAAGGAUGGCAGAGAUUACAGAUGGGCCUCCACCUUGGGGGCUGUGAUGUCACUAACAAGGUGGCUUUCUGUGGGCGGUUAUACAGACACAGUUAUGCCUGUGGAUGUGAUUGUUACGCUCCUCACAGAAAGACAUCGGUCACUGAGAGAGAGCCCAUCCUGAGCGCCCGGAGGCAUCUGUACAAUGACAUUUGUUCGAAUGCUUUUCGCAUUCAUGCUUUCCUGCAACCCGCAGUGAAUCCCCUUAGACCUCAUUUAAUAAACAAAAACUGACUGGCAAACA